GGUACUUAGUGUUCCCCUACCAAGCUAUCACAGUACACAAGUACUUCAUCGCGUUACGUUUACAUAUGCACGUCAACGAAAACUGUGAAAAUCCCGUUCCCCCGUUCUGGUCUCGACUGGCGAGUCCCUUUCCCCACAUGGGCGCACACCAAUACCUGAUCCCUCGCUUGGUACCCGUCCCUGAGCAAGGGGAAGUUCCAAUCCAAGUGGCCGGAGGUACUUCCGGAGAUCUGAUCGAUCCCGCUUCGAGUGGUCCUAGAUUCAGAUCUCAAGCCGCUUAAGACGCUAGUUAUGCAGACUCUUGUCAUUACUCUUGAGCUGUCAGCCACAGGCAUGUAGGAUUUCUCAUCCGUUCGGCAGAUUUGUUGUAUGGGAGACUGGCAAACUUCUUCAUUCUCAAGAGACCGAAGCAAUCAUCUCAGAAGAUAACUUGAGUACCGACCACAACAAUGGCCGAGUUUGACUCUUCAAAGCAGUAUCAGGAGCAGGAAGAGACAUUUUUUGAUGAUGGGCGCGAGAUUGAGCUUCUGCAUUUCGUUUACAGCAAAUCAGAUGUGGAAAGCAUAAGAGGCUCGCCAACAAAAGUGCUGGCCGCCAUCGAUGAAUAUGCCCGAACCAAGAAAUAUCUCAUGAAUGUGGGAGAAGACAAAGGACGUAUUGUUGCCGACCUUAUAGCAGAAGUCAAACCCCAGGUAAUGGUUGAGCUGGGUGGCUAUAUUGGCUACUCGUGCAUUCUUUUCGGUGAUGCAGUCCGCAAGGCUGGGGGUCAACGGUACUUCAGCCUUGAGAGAAAUCCGGAGUUUGCCGCCGUCAUCGCAUCUUUGGUCGAUCUCGCCGGCUUGAGCGACAUUGUCAAGGUGGUUGUUGGCUCGAGCGAUGUCUCGAUCAAAAGGCUGCAUUCAAGCGGCAGUUUGAAGCACAUUGACCUGAUGUUCUUGGAUCAUUACAAACCUGCCUAUACGACCGACUUGAAGCUCUGUGAAGAGCUGGGGAUGAUCACGGCAGGCACAGUCAUGGCAGCCGACAAUGUCAUCACGCCGGGAAAUCCGCCAUACCUUGAAUAUGUGCGGAGCACGGUGCAACAAAAGAAAAAUGCCAACAAGGCCAACGGAACUGUCAACGGCGUGGACAAUCGAUUUGCCGACAAGACGGCCAAACAAUACGCCAAGCGAGAAGGCGAGGCCAAGUUGGACGAGACCAGGACUGGUAAUCCUCUGUUGGUCUACGAGAGCAAUUUGGUCAACAGCUUUGAACCUACAGGAGUGCCGGUAAGAUCCUUCUUACAAUAAUUGGUGAUAGUAUUACUCACUCAUACUCAAGGAUGGCAUCGAGAUCACAAGGU